AAAUAUUCGAAAAUGUCAAAAGAUGCAGAAGCCUUAAAUUCCUCACUUUGGGACUAUGUUCAUAAGCUAGAGUUCGCCCUGACUAGGUCUGAACAGGCAAAAGAGAAGGAACAAGGAGUAUACAGGAAGAAGAUAAAUCUCAUUUCCCAAUAUUUUGAUAAAAUCGGAGUCCAGAGCAAGACUCUUGCUAGCAUGAUGGAGAAAGAUAUUACCGGUCAAGAAUAUAAGCUAAAAGAGGAGGAAUCAAGCGAACCUGAGCCUGAACUUGAGCCAGAGAUUGAUCAGAGAGGAAAUUUGAGGGAUGAGCAGGAGAGCAAUGAGGAAACUGAGAGUGAUGAUGAGUUUGAGAUCCAGGGUGAUACAGGGUAUCAGAAUGUAGCGGGAUUAGAGCUUCAGAGCGUACUUGUUAAACCUAACUUGGAUAAGUUCGUAGGGGAGCUAGGGAUUAACCCUGUGAUGUUUAAAUCCAUACUUGAGAGUUCAGGAGGGCCUUUACAGAAUGGAAAAAUUCAACCCCCAGCUCCUGUUUCUACGAUCCCUUUAGACUCAAUGAAGUCAUCAUCCGUGAGAGCUUUUGAUUCCAUUAGUGGAAUUUCUAAUAGUGGCUCUGUCAAUUCAAGAGGAGAAAAGAAAAAGACCAAAAAGAAAACAUAUUGGAAACCUGACGAGAACCUAAAGCUUAAAGAGCUUUAUGAGAAAUAUGGAAACCAAUGGGUAGAAAUCCAGAAGUUCUUUCCUUCUAAGAGCACUGGCCAGAUCCGUAACCACAUUCGUCACUUGAAAAAGGCAGAGUCGACUUCAAGCCAAGGUACGGGAAAAUCUAAGAAGAAGACGACUAUCAAGAUCAACAUGUACACAGGAGAGUUGUUAGAUAAAUCAGAUAAGAAGAAGGCUGGGCCUGGGUCCAACUAGAAUCUCUCAGACCCCUUUACCUUUGUAGCGAUCCCAUCUGCUGAUUCCAUUCUCAUGGCAAUAAAUC